AAAGUUGACCCGCCGCGCCUCUCUGUGCUGUUGGGAACCUUCCCCGGACAGCUGUGCCUCCUCGAUAGGCGGCGGGAAUCAGCUCUGCCAAAUCGCCAUCCCACGGACGGGAACAGAGAACGCGGCAGUUUGAGUUUGACCAGUGCGUGCGUCGCCACUGUAUCUGAAUUCUGAAAUGAUGAAAUCCUGUGCCCGGGAGCAACUGGACAGCGCGCGGCGCGCGGCGAGCGACACCCGGCGGCCUGCGUUCGUGCGGUACAGCUCAUCGUUGCCCCCGGGCUGUCCCCCGCCAGACUACCCGCGCUGCCCCAGAUCAUACAUUCCGCACGUAGGACGGCUAUAAAUAAAGAGCCCGGCCGGGAAGCCUUCCAGUACUCCGUCAGCACAAGUCCACAACACAAGCAAAGCAGCGCAACAAGCUCGACUCACGACUCAACUCACUCUACCCCAUCAGCAAUAUGGCUUCUGUUGCUCUGGUAGUGUCGCUGUUAUUACUCAGCCUGGCGCAGUUCUCCGCGGGGACCCGGAGGCUCGCGGAGCUGUACAGGCCUCCGGCGAGCGACCAGCUCACGUACCACAACGGCGGCGUGCUCAGCGGCGACAUCCCCGUGUCCAUCCUCUGGUACGGCAAGUUCACGCCGGCCCAGCGGUCCAUCGUCUCCGACUUCCUCCUCUCCCUCACCUCCUCAUCCUCCGCGGCGGCACCACCAACGCCCUCCGUCUGGCAGUGGUGGGGCACCAUCGAGAACCUUUACCUGUCCAACGCCGCCACGCGCGUGCAUUUGGCCGAACAGGUGACGGACGAGCAGUGCUCCCUCGGCAGGUCGCUCACCUUAGCCCAGAUCGACGACCUCGCCGCAAGCGUAGGCGGCAACAACAAGAAGAAGAGUGCCGGCAGCGGCAUCACGCUGGUGCUCACGGACGAGGACGUGGCCGUGGAGGGCUUCUGCAGCAGCCGGUGCGGCCGUCACGGGUCGGCGCGCCCGGCCGCGGACUCGGCGCACAUCUGGGUCGGCAAUUCGGCCAAGCAGUGCCCGGGCCAGUGCGCAUGGCCGUUCCACCAGCCCAUCCACGGGCCCCAGGGCGCGCCGCUCGUGGCGCCCAACGCCGAUGUCGGCAUGGACGGCAUGGUGAUGGUGCUCGCCACGAUGGUGGCCGGCACGGUGAGCAACCCGUACGGGGACGGGUACUACCAGGGCGACAAGGGCGCGGCGCUGGAGGCGUGCACGGCGUGCCCCGGGGUUUAUGGGAGCGGCGCGUACCCGGGUUACGCCGGGAACUUGCUCGUGGACGGAACCACCGGGGCUAGUUAUAAUGCCAAUGGUGUCGGCGGGAGGAAGUUCUUGCUCCCGGCGUUGUAUGACCCCGCCACGUCCUCCUGCAGCACGCUGGUCUAGUCGGACAUCGUGUGUACACUCUGAUCUGAGAAGUUGUACAUAGUGGAGUAGUACUACUUGUAACGUGUUGGAGAAAAUGAAAUGAAAUUGCUUUGUUCGUUAUC